AAGCACAUACAAGGCUGCUCCAUCCCUGAACCACGGCCAUUCCUGAAGCUUGCCUAGAAUAGACGCAGCAGGCUAGGCUUAGGAGGGUGAGCGCGUUAACCACCGGUUGUUUUUUUCGUUACGUCGGGCUCGUUGUUAGAAUAGUGUCGCGACGGGGAACGCCGUUCCGCAUGCAUGCCGUUUGUUGCCUUUCCUGGAGCCGAGUUUUCCAGCAUCUGCUGGGUCCUGAUCCGAGGAAGCGGCGUACUCGUCGGCAUUGUCGUUCCGUCACAGUCAGACGCGUGGACGUAGUUGGAGUCACAUAGUCAUAACCCCGGUCACUUUUCCAAUAUCCUCUUACUUACCCACGAAACGCGUAUUUGUUAUCAUGAGUUGCUUACGUGGCACUGACAGCGCGUUGCUGGUGCCACGUCUGUGGUCGGCUCCCCUUGGACCACCACCUCAAUCCUUUCUCCGUUGUCAGGGAUUUUCACAAACGCUGCCACGUCACCGUUGUCUAGACCCAGUAAAUGCAGCUUCUAGAAGUCAUUCAGCAUAUUCGGCUCCCAAAGCGCAAAUCAUGUCUCCCUUUUCGAGGCUCCAAUUAGAAUCUAGAUACUUCAGCCUUCUAAACCCCAAAUCCGGGAAUAGUCUGGGUCCGGUCUCUAAUGCCAGAGAAAAAUGGCAGCUAAACCCAGAACCUUAUCCCCUGGGGGCUUUUAAGUUUCCGCGACGUGCCUUGUCAGGAGGUUGCCGUUCGGCGCUCUCUUCGUUCCAGGGACUGCGUAGACUAAAGACGCUUAAGAUGGAUUCUACAGGGUUGAGGCAACGACGGCCAGGGAGUCCGCUACUAACGGGUAUGAGAAGAUUGGCGCCUAAAACUCGCGCUAGGUUCGGCGGCGACAGUCCGGAGGCAGAGGGGGAAACGGAAUAUGGAGCUCGUUCCUUUGACGAGGAGUCUCUAAACGGGGCUGCUCGUAGCUCAGCGACGCUUGUAACGGGGGACUUCAAGUCGGAGCCUGUUCGACGGACGGACGGGACGAAUCAGAAAGGAGGAAGCAGUGACGGAAACGGGAGGCCUGGUAUCGGGAGCCAAAGGAGGGAUGCUGACGUGGACUGGACGGCCCUGAGAAGCCGCGUGGCGAAACUGAGCAAUAGCGGUCCUGCUAGUGGGAGAAGAAGUAGCGAGGACGCUAAAAACGGAACAGGUAGUAAGGGGUCGGCUAAUAACGGGUCAGUAAGAACUGCUCCAGGCGCACGAAUAACUGAUGAGAGCGACAGCGACGGGGAUGAGAGGGAGACGUCUGGUAAUGUAUCAGGCAGUAACCGCAGCAGGGGCAGCAGCAGGAGCGGUGGGAGCAGCAGCAGUGACAGCCAGCCUACAGCGAGCGGUAGCGGUAGUGGGGAGAGCGGCGAGAGCAACGGGUUUCGGGUUGACGUGAAGACGCUGGUGCCGGGAGACGUGUUGGUGCAUAAGAAGCUGGGUAUAUGUAGGUUCACAGGGACGCGGCUGGAGGUGCCGCAGGGCAGGCAGAAGAAGGUGAAGUACCUGCUGCUGCAGUUCGCGGAUGGCACGGCGAAACUGAGUGCGAAACAGGCGAAGCAAGUGCUCUACAGAUUCGGCAUUGCUGGCCCCCCCGGUCGCUCCCCCCCACUAAGCAAGAUGCAUGACCCAAACGCGUGGGAGCGGCGGCAGGCGAAGGGGAAGGAGGCGGUGGAGCGGAUGGUGGUGGAGAUGAUGGAUGUGUACGUCAAGAGGCUCCGGCAGCGCCGGCUGGUGUACCCCAAGUUCGAGGAGGAAAUGAGGCGCUUUGGGGAGUCGUUUCCCUACGCGCCGACGCCAGAUCAGGAGCAGGCGUUCUUAGACGUGGAGCGGGACAUGUGCGAGAGGGAGACGCCCAUGGACCGGCUGGUGUGUGGCGAUGUGGGCUUCGGCAAGACAGAGGUUGCUGUCAGAGCUAUCUUCCGAGCAGUGCUGGAUAAGAGGCAGGCCAUGGUGCUGGCCCCCACCACCGUGCUGGCCAAGCAGCACUACAAGGUCAUCUCCGCCCGGCUGAAGGAGUAUGGCGUUCGAGUGGCGCUGCUCUCGCGAUUCCAGAAAGAAUCUGAGAAGAAGGAGGUAUUGGCGGGCAUAAGAGACGGCACACUGGAUGUGGUGGCAGGGACACACUCCCUGCUCGGGUCGCAGGUGGUCUACCACAACCUGGGGCUGCUGGUGAUAGACGAGGAGCAGCGCUUUGGCGUGAGACAGAAGGAGCGGAUCAGCAGCCUCAAGACCAGUGUUGACGUGUUGACCCUCUCAGCUACCCCCAUCCCUCGCACGCUGUACAUGUCCAUGCACGGAUUCCGAGACGCCAGUCGCAUCACCACCCCCCCUCCGGAGCGCCAGCCGAUCGCCACGCACCUGUUGGAAUUCGAUGUAGAGGAUGUGAGGAGAGCUAUUGGGGAGGAGCUGGAUAGGGGCGGACAGGUGUUCUAUGUGGUGCCACGGGUGGAAGGCAUAGAGGAAAUCCAGAUGAUUCUGGAGGAGCUCUUCCCCUCAGCACGCAUUGAUGUGGCUCACGGCAAGCUUCGCCCCACGGAACUCGAAGCGGCGAUGGAGCGAUUCGGCGAGGGCGAGGUGGAUGUGCUUCUGUGCACAAGCAUCAUCGAGAGUGGGAUCGACAUUCGCACGGUCAACACCAUCAUUAUCGAGGACACACACCUAUUUGGGCUCGCGCAGAUCUACCAGCUGCGAGGGCGUGUGGGUCGGUCCAACAGCUCAGCCCAUGCGUACCUCUUCCACCCUCCCCUGCAUUGCCUCACGCCGGAAGCUCAGGAACGGCUCAAGGCACUGCAGCAGCACAGCGGGCUGGGGGAGGGGUACCUGCUGGCGCAGAGAGACAUGGACAUCCGUGGCAUUGGGGACGUGUUUGGGGAGAGGCAGAGCGGGGACGUUGGAGGCGUGGGGUACUACCUCUUUAUGGAGAUGCUGCAUGAGACGCUCACGAAGGUGGAGCAGAAGAGCCUCCCUCGAGUGCGAUUCGAAGAAGUCCGGCUAGAUCUGCCUCUCGCCCCGCUCCCCCCCAUCCCUGCAUCCUACGUGCCCGAAGCCUCGUUACGAGCCAGCCUGCCCAAGGAAGCAGAGGAGGCGGCAGCAGAGGGCAUGCCGGCACUGUUGGGGUUCUGCAGGGAGAUGCGAGCAGAGUAUGGGGACGAGCCUGCAGCAGUAGAGCUUCUCUUCAAGCAUCUGUUUGUGCGGCGCAUGGCAGCAGAUCUCGGCAUCUACCGCAUUCUGCAGCGGGAUCAGGGCACCACUGUUGUGAUGGAAACUGCGAUGAAGCUUCCAGCCUUUGAGAUCCUGAGGGAUGCCGUGCAACAAAAAGUCCUGCGUGAAAGCCUUGCCUUCAGAUCAGGCCGAAUAGAGCUUCAAGGAACUAAGGCACUCUCCCCGGAGAGGGUUCUGGAGCGUGCCCUCACCUGCCUGGCCCAGAUGCGAAAUGCACUUCCAUCAUUUGUCAACUUCUUAUGAGUGCGCAAGCAUUGCUCAUUUAGAAGGAUUACUGUACGCUUGUUAUGUUAUUUUAGCCAUUUGGCUUCAUGAUGCGGGCCAAGAGAUUCAACUCAUGGGGACGAACCGCCGAGGGUGUUCUUGGUGCACGUGCGGCGCAUCGUCGUCACCACCACUCGUGUCCAGGACGAAUCGGCUUCACUGUUAAUCGCCGCCGCUGACUGACUUGCUGAGUCAUCGAAACACCCUUCUGCAGCUCGCUCGCCACGUGUUUGACGUAGAUGUGGCUCGUCGAUCUUCAGCCUUAUUCGCUGGACAACAGCCCCAGAAGCUCCGAACAGGUGGACGGCUGCCAACGAGGCGGAGUUCGGAUUGGGUG